GCACGAUGCAGUUCUAAAAAUGGGGCAAUUCGUUUCUGACUUCUCCUGAACAACAUGUUUCUCUCCCACAGCCUCAGACAUGGCCCAGGGAGGCCACUUGUCCGAGCACUGGGCAGUGUUCGGAGAACAACAAGAGCAAGGGGAAUUGCGACAGAAGCAGACAUUGAGAGCGCUCGAAAAUACUGUGUAAAUCAGUUGAGGCAAGGCGACUACGAUGCCUAUCUCAUCCGCCAAUUCGUCCCUCGCUCCGCCCAGAAUGCCUACGACGCCCUGCGAACCCUCAACCUCGAACUCGCCCGCCUCCCCGAGACCGUCUCGAACCCCACGAUAGGCAUGAUGCGCAUGCAGUUCUGGCGCGACUCCAUCAACAAGACCUUUGCCGGCAGCCCGCCCAAGGAGCCCAUCUCCAUCCUCCUGCACAGGGCCAUCACCGACCUCGCCGAGAGGACGGGCUCCACCGCCAGCGCCAGCUCCAUCAAGUUCUGGCUGCUUCGCCUCAUCAACACCCGCGAGAAGUACAUGGACAACAGGCCCUUCUCGAGCCUGGCCGCCCUGGAGGACUACGCAGAGAACACAUAUGCCACGCUGAUGUACAUGACCCUGGCCGCCAUGGACGUCCGCUCCGUGCACGUCGACCACCUGGCCAGCCACAUCGGCAAGGCCUGCGGCAUCGUCGCCACCCUCCGCGGUGUCCCCGUCCUGGCCGCUCCGCCGCGGCCGGUACAGAUCCCCGGCGGGGUGGAGGCAGGCAACAGCAGGAGCCAGGCCCUCCUGCUGCCCCUCGACGUCAUGGCCGAGGUCGGCCUGCGGGAAGAGGACGUCUUCCGCCACGGGCCCAACGCGGAUGGCCUGCAGGAUGCCAUCUUCAAGGUGGCCACCCGUGCCAACGACCACCUCAUCACCGCGCGCGAGAUGUUGAAGAACAUGCGCCAGGGGGCGGAUCCUGGCCACGAGUACGAGCACGCCGGCGAGGUGGAGCACUCGUAUGGCCAGGAGGAGGGAGACACCACACAGCGGGACCUGAAACGUGGCUUUGGGGUCCUGCUGGAGGCUAAACCCGCCGAAGACUAUCUCGAGAGGAUCGAGAAGGCCAACUUUGACCCGUUCCAGGUCAGGAGCAGCUGGAAGUUGCCAUGGAGGAUAUGGCAGGCCCUACGGAAACAGCAAAUAUAGCACCACAAUCAACGCGGCUCAAUUCAUACUUUAUUUGGGGUUGCAUUCUACUAUUUACUCGGGCCAUUUGGACAUUCUCGAGUUGUAACACCACACGCCACACAUAUUUUUGUGCCCCUAUGAAAUUCAGAUGACCAACAAUCCCGAGCGGAAGAGGUGGACUUAAAAAACUCAGCCUAGAAAGUGUACAUGUGGUCAUGGUCACAAGGAGGAAAGGUGCCCUCAGGAUUCUUGAAGGUAGUGCCUUCCAGGAGAAAGGCCCAGUCGCUCUUGUCUCCGUCCAGUUCUUCGCAUUUCUUAAUCGACCCGGGCAAUCCGACGCCCGGCCGCAUCCACUCGGGCAAAUCGGCCGGAUCCUUGUAAUCUCUCUUCAAGAUCCUAUCCCACGCACGCUUUGUUUCACCACAUAGCUCCAUCCCAGUGGACAGGAACAAAUUGCCCAAGGCCUCUAGUGCCCACCAGCCGACGAUGCCCGCUUGCUGCCAUUUUUGAUCCACCGUAUCAACCAUGACGCGGAACCCCGUGUGAAGUAUCUCUCGGAUGGCUUCCGUGCCGUGGCCACCGGCAUCCCGUGCCAAGGCCUCGGACGCCUGUCUGAUAAGGGCCUGGCACGUCCGUCCCCAAAACAUCCGGUUGUUACGAAUCCGCGUGGCAUCAAAGUCCGAAUUCCAAAGGGCGCUAUUGUUAUGAUACCACCCGGGCCAACAUUUUACCAAAACAAUAUUCUUGAUACAGGCAAACAGGAUACCGCGUCUGACAUGUUCUAAGUGUGCGUUCGCUGCAUCGCCCGGCAGCCAGCUCGAACCAUGCCCGACGAGGAUGUUGACUGACCAUUGACCUAUGGCGGCACGGUGCCCACAUUCCUUGGCCUCAAAGCUCGCGAGGCACUUGAGAGCCUCAUCUAGGGCUGUGUCGCCUCCAAUGUUUCUGAACCCGGCUGAUUCGUAUCUCCUCGCUGGAGCCCCUGGACUGAUACCGUGUUCGAAAAGACACGAAGCCAUACUUUCAAGUUUCCUUUCAUAGAUUUCGGCAUCGGCCAUAGGUUUCGUCCAAGGCAGCAUGUGCAGGACCGUCUUGUCCCUGUAAUAACCAUGAACAGCACCCGGGUCGCGGGCCAGGAUGGCUUUCAUGGCAGGCAGGCUCCCAUGCAGCACUGCGUGAUGCAAUAGGGGGCACACCGUCUGCUGGUGAUCCAGCCCCUUCCGGAGCAGCAUCUCCAGCACUUCCGUCUGCCCGAGCUCUAUCGCGAGGUGGCCUAUCGUCUGGCACACGGUAGGGUAGUGAGGCUCUUCAUAGCCGGCAAUCGGAUCACCAAACAUGCAGGCGCCCGGUACCGUUUCGAAGGGCCAGGAGGCGGCGCACCGCGAGUGUAUCUUGGAUAUAUCACGGCUGCAAUGAUAAUACUCCAUCCGCCCCAGGGUGAGGCUGAGGUCGGCGCCGGCGUCGACCAGCGCCUGGAACAGCUCGAGGUUGCCGUGUGCCAGGGCGAUGAACAAGGGGGGCGGGUGGUCUCCGAAUGUUCGCCUGGUGCGCCGUGGGAUAUCCUCCUGUAGGUAAUAAGCGCGUCGGAUCAGGUCCAGGCCGUUGAUGUAGGAUGGCUGGUGCACCAAGGCUGCCUGUAUUGCCCUCUGGGCGACAGGCAGCGCCGAGGCGCCGCGGGUGGACGCCCAGUGCAGGGCCGUCAUCGCCCCAGCAAUGUGGUAUGGUUUAUACCGUACGGGAACUGUGGCUUUGAAUACCCUGAAUUCAAUAUCUAUGCGCCUGGUGCAUUGGGGACAUUCACAGUUACCCCUUUGCAUUCUUUCGUGCUUUUCCUUGGCAAGCAUGGCUGCCAGCUGGAGGCUGGCUUUUGCAUCCCUUGUCUCCUCCCGUUUUUUCCAGGUGCCUUCACUGAUGUCGCUUACACUCGCGCAGGGACUCCAGGUGCCGAUGGAGCUGUAGUCGUCAAGGGAGUCGUCUUCGUCACUUGACAGUUCGUCUUCGGACGUUCCAAAAACAGAAGCGAUACCAUUUAACCAUUCGCCUUCGUCUUGGUCUUGGUCCUGGUCUUGGUCUUGGUCUUGGUCUUCUUCUUGGUCGUGGUCUUCUUCUUGGUCGUGGUCUUGUUCCUGGUCUUCUUCUUGGUCCUCUUCUUGGUCCUGGUCUUCAUCCUGGUCUUCCUCACCGUCUUGUUCUUCGUCUUCGUCUUCAUCCCAUUCCUCUUCGUCUUCGGAUUCGGAUUCGGAUUCUUCUACGUACGUCCACUCGCGCGGAGAUUUGUGGUACUCAAUCACGUCGGCCGAAGACCUAUCACCGUAUCUGUGUGCAAGCCUGGCCUCAUAGGUCACUUCGCACUCAUACAAUGCGGGCUGUAGGUGAUACCAUGUAUCUUUACUCGCCAGUGCCAGAUUGAAGACCUGCUUCGGCUGAGGGAGUGCCUGGGCAAUCAUA